GGGGGAUGGGGGUGGCCAGGAUGGGCGUGACGUCACUCGUGUGGCUCCAGAGCUCCGUUUUCGCCUGCGAUGGCCACCCGCAAUCCUGUGCCAGCCAAAACAGAACUUGGGAAUGCCCCUGCGAACUCGGUUUUUGCUGGCAGAAACACUGCAGGACAGUUGUUCGCUGUUUCCAGGGCGGCCCCCCCGGGCCAGAUCUAAACACUUGAGUUUGACACCCCUGAUGUAUUAUAGCAAAAUAAAAAACUGACAAAACGAAGGCAUGUGAAAUGGGAAAGGGGAGUCAAAAUGCUGAUAUAGGUUUAUGCCUGUGUGUGUGUCUUAGUGCGCUGUUUGAUUGCCUAAUGACGCUGCAUGCCACACAAUCUAAUGCCAUCUUGUUUGAUGCAAUAGCCACGACAAAUGUUCCAAAUCUGGCUUGUUGUGACUUCGUUUUGUGGGUUAAUGUGGGCUCUCUAUCAUUGGAGGUUUUUAAGAAGAGACUGGACAGUCACUUGUCUGAAAAUGGUAUAUAGGAUCUCCUGCUUGAGCAAGGGGUUGGACUAGAAGGCCUCCAAGGUCCCUUCCAGCUCUAUUCUGAUUCUGACCAUUCUCUCCUGAUGAAAACUCACACAGUCCUUGGAUGCUUUUCUAGAAAGUUUGUACGUAUUUUGCUUUUGCGAGUUGUGCUUUGGAAAACAGGAAUUCAGAGGGCAGAUAGGCACACCCAACAUCCUCUCCAGAAGCCCAACCCACAAGCCCAACCCACAAGCACAACCUGGCAGAUGAAGGAGAACAUCCUGUCUUCAGAAAAGACAUGGAACUUGGAGCAGAGAGAGGCAUGACAGAACAGAGGAGAAAAUGAUCUCCUAAGAAAAUACAUUUAUUGUCAAAAAGACAGGAGAAAUAAAUUGAAUUUUUGGGCGGUGUUGUAAACUAUUUCUGCUUGAGCAGAAAGCUACGUUUAUAGUUGGAACUUGUUUACAUGUGCAAAUGUCAUUCUUCUUGUUCCUGAAUAAGAAAUACCAAUAGAUUUUAAAUAAUGUCAGUUCUCUUGUUUUUUUGCUGAGUGUUUCAUGCUUUGGAACGGGUCUCAGGAAAAUGUUUCAUUUUAUGUUGGAUCCAAAGGAUCAGGCAGGAUUUGUAACUGUGUGGGUCGUUUUGUUUGGCUGUGUUGUUUUGUACAAACUGGGUUUUUUACUUUUGUUAUAAAUGGGGGGGGGGAGGAGGAAGGCAUGUUUUCUUUGUGCUAACAUGAAAUAGAAACAUCUACUUGAUUAAACUUGCAUGACUAACUGACUGACUUGUGGCCCACUUAAUGAAGUUUGCACACAAUCAUUAAUGCUUAUUAAAUGCACUUUCCUCCGCUUCUGAUUCUCAUGCUCAGUGGCGCCCGUGUUUCAACCGAGCCCUUUAAUUAAAUUAAUUGCCUGCUUCAGUGAAUAUCAACACAAUAAUUAACGUCAGCUCUGUUCAGCAUUGUUUGGGAGGGGAAGAGGCUCUUUAGCAACAGAGAAAUAAAAGGCCAGGCCAGAGGAAAGGAAUGGAAAUUCUACUUUGACUGCUUAACUUUAUUUCUUUAUCUUGCCCUGAAAAGGAUUGGCAGUUCUCAGCCCAGUCACGGUUCCACCAUCUGGAUAAUGGUCACAAUUUUUCUUUGCAGAUGGGCUGGGUGCAUUACAAUGCCUUCUGCUUUGCCUCCCCACCUGAACAUUUUACCUUGGAGUCCUCCAAUAAGAAGCAAUCAGAAAACCUGCCCCUCCUGUCUGGGUCCAUCAUUGGCUUCCACACCAGGCUCAGACCCCAAUUGGGGAGAAGACAAGCGUGUCUUUAAACAGCAACUACUGCGUGGAUGCAGACAAAGGAGCCUGGCAAAAGGAAGGGAAGGCGAUGGGAAGUUCAUCCAGAGGCACAUGAAUGAGUGGAGCCUCCCUGGACAGAGGCAGUCUACCUGCACAAACCUCCUCAGGAGCCUUGGAAGGAGCCCCCCCCCCCACUUCCUGGAUCCUUUGGGGCCUCCUCCUCCUCCUCCUCCUCUCGGGCGGCGCUCCCUUCCUGGCUCCCUCCGUCCUCCUGCAGGGGGGAGAGAGAGAGAGAGAGGCCGAAGCCUCCGCCUCCCGCGGCCCCACCUCCCGGCCUCCCCCCGCCAGACCAGGCCUCCCUUCUGCGGAGGACCCCCCCGGACUUCCACUCCCGGCAUCCCCUGCUCUCCACCUGCAUCAGGCCGCAUGCGCACUCGAAUCGGGAAAGUCCUUCAGCGGCUGCAUGGAAUCCGAAAGUGAGGGUCUCCUUCUUCAGCCAAGCCCCGCCCCUUCCUCUUCUAGUCACGAACCCUGGGCUUUUCCCGCCAGUUCGCCUCAUUUGCAUCGGAGCAGCUUCUGCCCCACCCCAUUGGCGGGCUGCCGCCGGGCCACACCCCCUACUCGACUCUGCAGCGGCCGCCUUCCCUCCCCUCGUUUGGCUCCUCCCUUGCGCCGCUGGCUCCGCCCCGCCGCUCCCUCCCCUUCGCCCGGCUUAGCCAAACUGAAGAGGGCGGAGGGCGAUGGGGGCAUUCCCAAAGCGGCUGCAAUGGACGGGAACGGAGGGAGGGUCCCAUGGGCAGCCUCGGCUUUCCUGUGCCGGAACCCUUUCUGCCUCCCCGGAGCUGCUCCCUUCCCCGCCCCAUUCAGCCUGCAGCCCCUGGGCAACUCCGCGUGGCCCCCUUUCCUCCUGGGGCGGGUGGGCGGGAGAAGGGGGGGUUGCAGCUGGGUCCAGGUGCUGCUGGCCGCCUGGCACCAAGACCCCCUUCCUCCCCCCGCUGGAAGGAGGAGCGGGCGAGGUCGCGAUGGCUGUUGCCAGCCUGAAAGAAGCCUUGAAUGUCGCCAUCCUUCCAGGUCUUAUAAUCAACACCAUUGAAAUUUCCCGGCCACCUGAACCCCGGAGGCUCCGGGCGGUUUUGCAAAUGUUAAAGCACGUUUUGAUUGUUGUGGGGCGCCUACAUUUGGGAUGUAUACCUGUGACCUGGGAUAGGCAACAGUUGGCCUGAGGUGUAGCUAUUUAGCAUAACAAGUGUAAAAGCUUUUUUUUGGGGGGGGGACUGUAAUUCAGCUAACCAAUAAUUCUGGGAGUUGAAGUCCAACAGGACUUAAAGUCGCCAAGGUUGAGACACUGCUUUGCAAGGCUCCUCAGAAUAUCCCCAUCUAAAUCACGCCAAAUGCCUUUCAAAAGAAUAAAACCGACGCUUAUAUAUUUAUACCUUUCCCUGAUUCCUGUCCUUAAGGUCCCCCCCAAAGGGAGCAGCUGGUGGAGGAGACCGGCCCAAUCUCCUUCGCAGGGAACUUUCCGGCACAGCUAAUCCUCAACUUAACGAUGAUUUGUUUAGCGACCGAAGUUACGCCGGCACUAAAAAAAAAUGGGGCUUACAUCUUGCACCCAACCGUUGCGCCACCCCCCACACUCACGCGACUGGGUAGCAACUGGCAUAUAUUUAUGUCACGCGAUUGGCACCCGGAGCCUCCCCCAGCUGGCAUCAAUGAUGCACUUAAUGACCACUUGAUUUAUUUAACAGCUGCAGUGGUUGGUUUAACAGCCGGGGUAAAAGUGUCUUAAAAUCAGCCACAAAGCAGUUAACCAUCUUGGGGGUGGAAAUUUGGGAGUCGUAAGUUGAGGACUACCGAUCGAUGUCUUAGCCAAUCUGCUGAAGGCUCAAAAGUCCCUCUUGGUCGUUAUACAGACCUUCGUUUUUCUGAGCAGGUGCCCACCAGGUGAGGUCUUACACCUUUGUGGCCUUUUGACAGCACCUUCUCCCUUGGCCCUGUCUGUUGACCCCCUUCUGGGUAGAAUAGAAUAAGCUGGAAGGGGUCUUGGAGGUCUUCUAGUCCAGCCCCCUUUAGACAAGUGAUGGU